CCGGAGGACACACACACACGGCCAGCAAUAGAGGAGCUGCUGUCUUCAGCAAAAUGGCCGACAGAUUUUCAAGGUUCAACGAAGAGCGUGAUUUCCAGGGUGGGAAUCACUUUGACCAGUACGAAGAUGGCCAAGUGGAGGUGGAGCAGGCGUCCUUGGACAAGCCCAUCGAAUCGGUAAGGCCGCAUCCCGUCAUCCUGCACCAUUGGACCAGCUGUGAGAGUGGAUGAUUGGUCCAGGCAGGAAAAAUUUAAACACCAUGAUUUAUUUUUUCGACUAUUAAGAGUUUUCUCUUUGACCACGUAACCUAUAGAAACACUCAUGUCAUGUCCAUUUAAUGACCCCCUCCGUCAAGACCCCCUUCCCCUGUCCUGUCCUGACAUCCAUUUCCUGUGUGACAUUUAAAGAUAACAUACAUGCUAGCUAGCAUCCUUUAGUUGACACAAUAUGAUUGUUAGCUUUUUUGAGCUGAUACAGAAUAUAUGGAGUGGAUAAAGCACUGUUAUUGAUUAGGCUUUUUUAUAUAUAUAUAUAAUUUUCUUUAGUGAAUGAUCGCAAAUUUGACCUUGGAUCGCUGGAUAUUUUAAUAUUUUAAUUUAUGGUAAUUAAGUAGCAGUGCUUCUUCCACUCCCCGACAACAGAGCGCACAUUUAGACGAUGACGCGAAUGGCUAUUUUUUUGUGUUUUGAGCGACUGUUUUGUGUGUAUGUAUGUAUGUAGCUUAGAAUUUGUGUUUAUAGGACAGUAUAUCUUAUUGUACACAACUUGGGGUGUUCGACAUUUCUCUCCCGCAGCGAAUUGGCCACCCCCCUAUUAGCUAAGCAGCAAUGACCCGGUUUGUAUUUGCACGCUCUGCUUUCUUACUCCUGUCUCUAGGGUCCUUGUAACGCUUCUCUUGACUGUUUUUUGUCUCUCACUCGCUCUCUUUCUAUCUCUCUCUCUCUCUCUCUCUUUUGCUCUGUUCAACUCUGAAAGCUGUAAUCUCUCUGUCUUUCUGUCUCGCUCCCUCCCUACUACACAGUGAUUCGGUGUACAGUACCCUCUGUCAUUCUGUGCUGGCAUGGUGCUUGUGCAACUGGGACUGCAUUUUUUUUUUCUGCUGAAGAGGCACAUGGAUAAUAGUGCAGGCGUCUCUCUUUCUCUCUCUCUCCCUCUUAUUGUCUUCCCCAUUUUCUCCGUCCCCCCCCUCUCUCUUAAAUGGUCGCUGAAGCCGUCAUGGUGAGCAGGCCCAAGCCCUUCCUCACAUAGAAUCGCCAAUGGAAAAGAAAGAAAUUGCAGAAAAUAGGUUAUAGGAAUACAGUAGAUCCCCGCUUUACAUGAUUGGCACUUUGGUUUUUGUGAUUUAUUCAUUCCAAAAUUGACUACUUUGACAUUAAAGAAAACAAUGCCAAAUAAUUAUAAAUGACUAUUUUUUUAUGUAGACUUCCCAAACAAUUCAAUAGUUCUGUAUUAAAUUACUGUCACUCACAACUUUCUUUAGCUUAGUUAUUUAACAGUCACACUCAAUAAUACAUGCACAGACGAGUGUAGGGUGCGUUUAUGGGCACUCGUUUUUUUCAAAGCGAAACAGUACAGUGCGAUUGCACUAGUUUUGUUACUUGCAGUAUUGUUUACGUGCCUGAACGGGAUAGGAUUUCUGCAUUGGAAAAAAAUGAAUUUGUGGGGAUCUACUGUAUAACUCAAUUAUAUGAUGUCUUGGACAUGUAAAAUAAAGCCCCUAUUAAUUAUGUAGAUGGAAAAUAAUCCAAAGAAGAUAAUCCAACCAAAGUGCAAAACUAAAAUGGCUCAUCUGUGUGACCUGUUAGUCUCUCACAGAGGUAGUCAUCCACUCGUGCGUGGGUGCUGGAGAGGUAGAAACAAAAAGGCGGGUGAGAGGUGGCUUGCUUACCGAGCUUGAGUGUACUGUACUCCUACUCCUGCGCUAUUAUUUAUGAAGGCGGGCGGGGGGGGGGGCAACCGAGAGCCGAGCUGCGGCAUCACACGGUUCAUCACAAACGACACGUGUUCUAUAGUCUUGACAAAACGAUCUGGAUCAUUCAUUCGACACACACCGCCAGCGAAUGGUUCAGCCCGGUCUCUCGGAGCCCCCCCCCCCUCCCCGUGCCUCUUUGUUGUAUAGGCAACUAGAGGUCUGUGGUUCUUGACUGGGAUCUUUUAAUUCUUGUCUUUCCGCCCCCUUCUCUCUUUUGGGCUCUAACAUUGAUUAUGCAUUGCAUGUGUGGUAGCAAAACAGUACGACUUCCUGUCCGCGCCACAACUUUCCUCUCCUUACUCUCCUAAACCCGACUCCCCUCCCUCAAUCAUGACCCCUACCCCGCCCCAGAGCGAUAUGCAGCGGGCACCCUCAGAGCCGGAGAAUGCACAUGACGUGUACGCCCUCCACCGAACGAAGAGCGGCGCAGAUACUCGCACAGACCCUCUAUCACUGAUUUUAGUGCAAAACAAACACUUUUAAAUCUUCCUAUUUCAUUACGUCUCUUCACCUGCCUCCCUUAAGUGAUUUUACCCAACUCGAAACCGUUAAUACACGUCCCCCUUUGAAGAAUUGGCUCAUCGGAAUAACGAGGUAAGUAUCCACGUCAGAUAACAUCACACCGAGCACCAUGUUGUCUUGUAUCUCUUGCUCCAUUCAAAUCUCCAUUUGAAAUCUGGAGCGUCGGCGCCUGUUCUCCGGCAGCAGGAAGUCUUGACGCUGAAAUAUUUUCCAUUCGGUCACGCCGGCAGCAGGUGAGGCUUGCGUGGAAUUCGCAGAAACGAAAGUGCGCCGCAGAGCAAACCCGAAAAAGACACAAGACACACAACAUUGGGUACAAAUGCCAUACAGCGCUUGCGUUGGCGCGUUUGCAGGUGUACCUAAUGUUGUGUCCCGCGAGUGUAUAUAAAUGCUGAACGCACCAAUGCUCGGAUCGGUUCCUGUGACCGCUUUCUUGCACGCUGACGGACACUUGCAUGUGUUUUAAAAUUAGCAUUGACCGCGCAGACAAGACACAUGAAUACUCUCAGGUCUCUUGGUGGGAUCCCCUGCAUAUCACUUCUACCCCCCACCCCCCCACCCACACCCACCUCGGUCAUAACUUUGCAAACGCGCUGUGCCGAUAACUGCACAGUGCACACUUUCCAAAACCUACCCCGGUUUGUAGAGCUCUCUUGUUUGGAUAACAUUUUCUGCUUUUCUUUUCUCCUGUAUUAACAGUCCGUUGGUGGGUUUAUUUUUACUUUUUUUUUGACAUGCCUACCUUUUGUGUUUGUAUACAGUAUUGUUUUUUUUAAAGCAGAGAGAAGCAGAUAUUACUUAAAAAAAAAAAAAAAACAGUAGAGAAGCUAGCAGAAUUGCAGUUGAAAGAAAGCGUUUGGCUGGUUUCUUACGUUGUGUCACGUGUGACUGUUUUUUUGACAGCCCAGUAUUUUAAAGCCAGGUUCGUAUGGAAAUGCCUUCACUCCACUUGCACUGCUGUUGGACUCGCCGUCUUUGCUUUCAUCCGUCCGUCCGUCCGUCUGUCUGUCAAUUUUCUUUUGGUGCACUCAUCUGUUUGCUCCGACAUGCAGCCGGCACAUCAUCUCUACCCGCCAGACCCAAAUUUCUUUAGCUUUUGCAGCCCAACCAGCCCUUCCUGUUUUAAUUUGUUUCCACGCGUAAAUAACAAAUAAACAGGGUUUGCUAGAGCGCAUCUGAUCAUAUUUCAUUAUCAGGCCCCAGGUGGAGGGGAACUGUGUGGAGUCGGAGCGUUAUCUUUUAAUCAGGCCAGUCGCUCUGGGAGCUUUUUAUUAAACAUUUUUGCUCCGGGGCCUAAGCUAUGCCCCAAAUCAAUCGCGGCGAUAUUGUAGCAUAACGCCGCAGUAAAGGACAGUGGGAGGGGAGAUGUUCCCUGCAGCAAAACUGCAGCGUUUCCCUCCAUACGAUCAAGUUGGCCGAACACACAAAGAUGGAGGACGGGGAUGACGCUCCACGGUCCACACAUCCCCUGCAUCCUGUGUAUCUUUUGGACAUGUUCAAGGGACUGCCAGGCAGGAACGUGUCAUUUACUUGAUAUAUUGCUGUACCAGGACGUGGUUUUCAGUGUAAAGAAACAGGAAGUGGCCCAGUUCAGCCAGUAGUGUCCAUCCCAGAAACCACAGGAACAAAAACUUGUCGGCAUUGAAUGAGGACCAUGUCGGCGGAGAUGGCGUGCGUGCUGCAGGACUUCCCCUCCCCACCUUUUACAUGCACUAACCCAUCCAGGCCCAGUUGUCUUUCCACCACCCUAAACCUCCCCCCAAUCCCCCCCUCGCCAUGGCUCAGCCUGCUCUGUACUGCCCCCUUGUCCAUCUGACCUCUAAAGUACAAUAAAGCACCAAACGGGCCGUGUUGAGCCAUCACCACCUUCUGUGUGCCUGAUCCACCUGAGAACUAACACUUGGAGUUUUGCUAACAACCCUCCUCCCUCCCAACACUCCCGCCUCUCUGUUGUGUAUGUGCGCCAUUCGCAGUGUGCUACUAACACGGACGCUUUUUGUUAAAAAAAAGAAUUUUAACAAAAAGCUGCAUGCCGUUUUUGUUUUGUUUUUGUUUCAACCCACUCCCCUUUUCACCUUUUUUUUUUUUAAUUUUCUUCUCAUGAUGUCAGUCUCCUUUUGUGAUUAUAAAUAUCCUUCAUGUUUGGUUUGUAUGGUUUGUUAUUUUGGUAGAAUGCAGCACUGUGGUGAAUGUUAGUCAAGCCUGGAGUAGUUAUAAUCACAAUAGAAAAAAAAAAACCAAAACACCGCUUAUUCAGAAAUCUCAUUGUCUCAUGUUGAUUUUGUGCUUGAUGUUGUACUGUAGUGUGUAGUGUUGGGACAGUCUUGCAUUUCACUUAAUGUUUUGAUGUAUUUCAUUUUUCUCUUUGCUGACCCAUACUAGUGACAUAACAAUCUCAGGAGACUUGCAUAUUAUGCCCCCCCCCCCCGGAGUGUUGAAGGAAUUGCUGCUGUGCACGUUUAUCCACUCCUGUCUUUUGAUUUUUUUUUUCCCAACGUCUGUGCCUCUUUUGAGUGUUAGUCAACAACAACAACAACAACAAUCCAGAGCUUUUACACUGUAAGGCAGUUAGCCUAUUUGAUGUACAGUUUAUAUUAUAUGAUGUAUAACGUUUGAAUGCAAAAUUAACCUUAGCAGUCAAUUGAAAUACAGUAAACCUCGGAUAUAUCGGAUUCAAUUGUUCCCACUGGUUUUGUCCGAUAUAAGCGAAAUCCGUUAUAUGCGUAUACCGGAAAAUGUCCGUUUUACGCAUAUGUUGGAUUUAUAUCCGGUAUAUGCGUAAAUCGGAUUUUAUCCGUUAUAAAAAGGCACUUCCUUGACUAUGUUUCCAAUGUACCUGGACGCGCAGGCAACGCUGCAAACGCUGCAAAUGACUGUCACCAUUCGGCGAAUCGAUAUAUGUCCGAUAUAGGCGAGGGAGAUUUAAUGGAAAUGCAUUGGAACGGGACUGGAGAUUUUGUCCGAAAUAGGCGAAAUCCGUUAUAAAAAAUCCGAUAUAUGCAAUGAAUUUUUAUUGGAAAUGCAUUACAGAAAAAUCGGUUCUUUUUUAUCUGUCCGUUGUGAGCGAAUUUCCGAUCUAUCCGAGUCCGAUAUAUCCAAGGGUUUCCUGUAACAUUAAACUUUUACCUUUUAUGUUGGUGAAAAUAACAGUUUAGCCAAGUUAAAUGUCCGCAAAAAGUUUCUUCUACGCCUUUUAACAGAGGCGGUGCUCCAGUUCAUCCACUUGAAUGAUUAAAUUGUGUCGGUUCUGUUCAUUUCGAACAUGCUUUCAAAGUAAAAGCGUAAAAAAGCGGAGCUCGCUUCCUAUGUUUAACAAAGUUUAUAAGCACCGAACCUGUAAAGCUGAAUGUAGAUUAAGGAAGUUCCUUUUUAGGUAACUCCUUCCUUCCAGUAGAUACCUCAUACGCUGCCGUUGAGCAACUGGAUGGCCUUGGAAACUGUGAGAAUUUAAUUCAUGAUGGUGGAGGAUCGCAUUCUUGGCCCGGUUUGAGGUCAGAAAGUGUCAUAAAAAUAUGACGUAGUUAAAAGACGAAUGUGUUGCCGAACAGCCCGGCGAUGCAGGCAGUGUGAAAGACCAUGCACAGCAGCUAUUUCUAGUCCAUCCAACGGGGGGGUGGAGGGGGGCUGCUACAUGCACACAAUGUUUUCCCCCUCCUGUCGCCUGCACAAAUUCCCUUCACACGUGCACAUUCUGUCCGCCUUGGGCCUUGUAAUGGUAAUCCAAGGCCCGCUAGCCUCCGCUCCCUGUCUCUCUUCCUCUUUUUUUCCAUUUGAAUUUUUUUAUAUGUGUCAGCUACAUACGUUUCAUGGUGCUCCCCCCCCUCACCCCCCACACCCCCACCCACCCCUCAGAAUCACAGCAAGCUUGGAGUUUCUGGUCGUCAUUUUGUUAAUGCAAGAUUUCCAUACUUGUUCUGUGUCACUUUUUCUUUGUUUACUAAGAUCUUGCUCUGUAGUGGUUCAUAUAUAUGUGUGUAUAUAUAUAUAUUUGUGUAUGUAUCUGUGUGUGUGUGAGAGUGCGUGUGGUGAUGCAUAUAUUGCCCUACCUCCUUUUUCCCCCUUCCUAACCUCCUAGACAAUAUUGACAGUUUUUCCCAAUGCCAUUUCCUUCAAUGGCUACUAGUCAGUCCUACUUGAGCAUUUAUUGUAGUUUGCAGCCUACACAUAGCCUCAUUUACUCAUCUUAGUAGAAAACCUUGCCCCCCCCGCCAGUCUUCCCACCCCUUUCACCCCCCCUCUCCCAACUCGUGCUGAAAGACACUGAUGUGUACACUCUGUAGUUGACAUGGAUGAUGCUAAUGAUGACAAUGGUGGUGGUGGUGGUGGUUGUGCUGAUGAUGAUAGUGUGAUAGUGUGAGCUGAAUGCUUUUUUUUUUGUUUUGUUUUUUUGUUUUAUGUGACCCGUGAUCCGCGGGGGGGAAAAGCUCCUCUUAUUAUUGGAAUAUUUCUGGUUUGUCUCCUUUCUCCUGUCUGAUAGGACAACAUCGGGCACCGGCUGCUUCAGAAACAUGGAUGGAAGUUGGGGCAGGGCCUUGGCAAAACCAUGCAGGGUAAGGUUUGUUGGAUCCUUUCUGUAUGCGUAUGCGUGUGUGUGUGUGUGUGUCUGUGUGUGUGCGUGCGUGUGUUUUCUUUCUCCUACUCGGCAGUUCACCUCAGUGUAACCCCCCCUCUUUUUUUUUUGCAGUAUACUAUAGGCUAAUGUAAUGGCCUCUGUCAGCUUCCUUGUCUCUGCUUCAUAAUCACUAAACCUUUUAUUUCAAUCCGCCUCUGAUUUUAAACAUAAGAACAACAAAUUGCUUGAAUCAAGGUAGAUGUAAGAAGCCGUGAUUCCGCCACGUACCUUUUUUAGAAUCUUUAUCACUAGGUCGUCCACGUCGUCCCCCCCCCCCCCCGUCCCCCCUUUCUCAACCCCUCUUAGAUUUUCCGUGGCUGCUGUCGGGUAUCUGAUUGGCUGUAACCACACGGCUCAGACUUUGAAUGGCUUGCAGGGUAGAGCAACUUCCCCUCUCUGCUUGUUUGCCUGUUUCAACCUUUACAAGAAAAAAACUGUGACACUUGGAUGUGUGUUUGCUUGUUCUGUUGGGCUGAGAUAUAUAUAAAUAUAUAUAUUAUAUAUGUGUGUAUGUGUGUGUGUGAAUGUCCGUAACUGACCGGGCCAUAGUGUCAGCUUACAGGGAAAACCUCACCACCACCCCCUUACACCCUGAGAGUCACUGUCGCCACGGUUACACACUCCCACCCCCCAUUUUUUCUUUGCACCCACCGACCCCCCCCCUAUUUGCACCGCAUGCUUGUCCCGGAGGUGCACUGUUGCCUGGCUCCAACUGUCGCACUCCCCCUGGGCUUUAAGCAGUGUCAGUACACCCGUGGUGGAGGAACCAAGUGUCGCACACCAACACUGUAAAAAGUGUACGCACUACACUACACGACACAAGCCAAGCACUGCUUAAAGUCUGGCAGAAGGUACAUUUGUGUGUCACGUGUUCACCAUACAGGGGGGGUUCCAUGCAUCGUAAAGACAAGCUUGCUGGCUGGAAACUAGUCAGGAAAUAACUUGGCUCACACAAGCCUCAAAGGGGGAAGGUGGUGGUUGUCCAUUAUUUUACCUGGUUUUUUUUUUACCCCAACAAAAUGUUUGUCCCAUUUCAGCUGAAUUGGCAUAAUUGGUUAGUAUGCUACCGUGUACAUAAAGUCAUUCCUCACCCAGAAAAAGCCUCUCGGAAAAUGAUUAGACGGGGUUUGAAAUUAUUGCUUGACACUAUAUGGACUAUAAGUAACAACAAUAUCCUUUUGCCGCCACUCUUAUGUGAAGAUUGUGGAGUGACUGUGGGGACUUUUGUGCAUUUGUCAUCUAGUGCAGUGAUUUUCAACAACUGUGUGCCGUGAGGAAUUAUUCAAUAUUACUUUUUUUUAAAUUAACAUAUAUUAAUAAUUUUCUCGGGCGGCACGGUGGUCUAGUGGUUAGCGCGCAGACCUCACAGCUAGGAGACCAGGGUUCGAUUCCACCCUCGGCCAUCUCUGUGUGGAGUUUGCAUGUUCUCCCCGUGGGUUUUCUCCGGGUACUCCGGUUUCCUCCCACAUUCCAAAAACAUGCUAGGUUAAUUGGCGACUCCAAAUUGUCCAUAGGUAUGAAUGUGAGUGUGAAUGGUUGUCUGUCUACAUGUGCCCUGUGAUUGGCUGGCGACCAGUCCAGGGUGUACCCCGUGUGGCAGCACGUAGCUGAUUGCCUCGUUCCUCUAAUAGACGCACGUGAGCGGUAGUGUUGACAUUUUGUAACAUUGUUGGUUAAAUUAGUAUGCGGAUCAAAAGGAUCUGCUGUGGUGAGUCCGUAAUCAGGAAACUGAAAGAAGCAAAUAAUGUUGGUUAUUGGUGUGCGCCGCAAAAUUUUUCCAGUAAAAAAAACGUAGUAGUAAAGUAAAGUAAAAAAGUUUAAGUAAAAAAACUUGCCGUGGCUCAAAAAAAGGUUGAAAAACACUGAUCUAGUGCAUCCCACCAGGUUGGACGCCUAUAAUUGUCCUGCUCCAAUGAACAUUUAGUAGCGACGGCAUUAAGCCCGCCCACUAAUUGAAGAAGUGUGUCCUAAUACUUGUGUCCAUAUAGUGUAGCAGCAUAUACUUAUUCUAAGGGGGUAUAUAUCGGCAAUGGGGGGUGUAUCUUUUGGGGCUUAUUCUGGUUGAGUGGGUGAGAUGAGCAACGACAGGGCACUGGGACCAGUGGUUUUUGAGAGGGUGGUGAGAGGGAACCUAUAAGCACAUAGCUGUGUGUGAAGGGAUGUGGGGUGGGGUGGGGUGGCUGAAGGGGGCGGGGGCGCUGACACACUGACACCCCCCUCAGGUAAUGCCUUCCCCCCGCACUCCCCCCCCCCCCCCCCCCCCCCAAACCUCACAACUACACACACACACACACACCCAACCCCGCCCUCCCUUCUCUAUGUGUCUCAAUCUUCCUGCUUAACCAAUUGGUGUUUCUUUUUUACAGCCAUUUGAUCCUGCCCAUGUUGUGCUGAUGGUAAACUUAGUGGUAAAUGUUAUUUUAUCCCCCAAUUGAAUUGUUUAUUUUUGAUUUUUUGUUUAGUUUUGUUUGUUUUUCUCCCAUUUUUUGUUUUGUUUCUCCUGUCAUCACAGCACCAAUGCUACAUAGGCUUUUCAAUUCUCUCCGUAUUAGUCCUCAUUCUGCUGCUUGUGUAUAUAUAUAUAUUAUCAUGCAUUACGUAUUACUCUUAGAACAUUGUCAUUUUCUUUGUUUUCAGUUUUUUUUAUUUUUUUUUAAACCUUGUGAUUCACACCUUGUGAUUUAGAUGCACAUUAUUGUUGUUGUCUGGUCCCUUUUCCUCCUCCUCCUCCCCCUCCCCUCCACUGGGAUGGGUAAUGUGGAAGUAUUGUCACUGUGUGUGUGAAGAUUUGGUGAUAGGUUUUUUGGGAUGCAAUUUGUUCAUGAAUCUUUUAAUUCUGGGCCUGGCCUGGCUUGUGACUCCCCCCCCCUCAGACGCACCACUGCAGUGGACUGAUUUGCGCACCCUAACAACAGUACAGUCGUCCCUCGUGACAUCACGGUUUUUCAAAAAAUGAAUUGAGUACUGUUUUGUAGUUAAAUAUGACCUAUUAUUAGUAAAAAAAUUAUUAUUUUUGUUGUCCAAAUUAAGCAGUCUCAAGCAAUUACAAACACAGUACGAGCCGUUUUUAAGACCACCAUUGAACUUGUGAGUGUAGUAUUUGACUUUGGUCACUAGGGGUCAGUAAUUGUUCAGUGAGACGAGCGCCAGACUAAAUUACAGUAAACCUCGGAUAUAUCGGACUCGGAUAUAUCGGAAAUUCGCUCACAACGGACAGAUAAAAAAGAACCGAUUUUUCUGUAAUGCAUUUCCAAUAAAAAUUCAUUGCAUAUAUCGGAUUUUUUAUAACAGAUUUCGCCUAUUUCGGACAAAAUCUCCAGUCCCGUUCCAAUGCAUUUCCAUUAAAUUUCCCUGGCAUAUAUCGGAUGGCCGCAUUGUUAUGCUAAUCUUGUUGAUGUCACUGGCUAUUGUCUUUCUCCUGGCUCCAGAUUUCGGACAAAUAUAAAAGUGAGUGACGUCAAUAAUACUAGCACAGCAGUGAAUGAGAUCUUAACCUCACUAUUGGAAAUAACGUAGGCCUGACGGGCGUAACAGAGCCUAGCUUAAUUAACAAUUUGUUAUGCUCAGAGUCCGAUGAAGUUAAAUUCUCAUUACCUUACGUCUCUUUUCAUUGCCCAGUCCAGGUACAUUGGAAACAUAGUCAAGGAAGUGCCUUUUUAUAACGGAUAAAAUCCGAUUUACGCAUAUACCGGAUAUAAAUCCGAUAUAUGCGUAAAACGGACAUUUUCCGGUAUGCGCAUAUAACGGAUUUCACUUAUAUCGGACAAAACCAGUGGGAACAAUUGAAUCCGAUAUAUCCGAGGUUUACUGUACCUCACAACAGACGCAAUAAUAAUAACAAUAACAACACGUUACUAUUGGAACAAUAGCCCACAACAAGCCAAGGCUCAACCCCUGACAUCAUUUCCUGUCACCGAUUCUGCUCCCCGACAAGGUCAGCUGUUUUAAAUGGCUUGUCAAGGUGACUAUAGUUCAUGUUUAGAUGUCUCUAAUGAUGUUAAACAUAUUUCGAAGUUCAUAAACAGGUUCUUUAUGCGACGGCGAACAGUGAUAAACGAGGGAUUACUGUAUACAGAGUUCAGGUAACAAACACCCCUUUUCCAUUGCACAGUACCAACUUGACUUUUACGAUAAAAAUAAACACACAUGCUAACUUUUUAACUUUAAGUUGUGGUAUUAUACCCCGCAGUCUCCACUUUGCUGCAGAGAGACCCUCAUUCUCCACCCCCCUCGCUACUGUGCAGUGGUAAAGUGGCAAAAUUCAACCAAAAGGUCCGGUACAAGCUGAAAGCCACUGCAGUGGGACUGAGAGUCCGGGCAGGCCACGAUGAUGUUCCAAUGCCCACGCAUUUGUGAUCUCAGAAUUGAAUGUCAUUGGGCUGUGAUGACUCAAUUACUAAAAAGGAAGCAAAUAGAGGAACUUGUGCUCUUAGCUUCCUGCGGGAAGAUAAGAAUGCUGUGUCGAGAUUGGUGCAUUCAUAAUAACCCCUCCCUCCAAAAAUGUACUUAGCGGCGAUGUCAUAUGCCCAAUGGGAUACAUGUCAAUGUGAUUCACUGCAACCAUAGAUAUAUGUGAGGAGAAAAGGAGAAAAAAAAAAAAAAGCUGAAACCAAAACAGAAAUGAUAAUCAGUCAUAUUUGGUUGUUGUAUCUGGAUGGUAAGAGGAGCAACAUAGACUGGUCCAAAUUAUUAUUUUAGAUGAUUUUUCUUUUUUCUGAGAUUCCCUGUCUAUCUCUGUCUGCCCCCCACACCCCUUUCCCUUAUCCUCAUAUUUUCGCAGGUAAGUAUCCCCAUCCCUUGCACUGUCACCAUGGCGAUACCUUGGCCUGUGACGUCACUCUGCUGUAGUUCAUUGCUUGUCUUGUUUUUUUUUUUUAAUUUAAUUUUUUAUUUUUUUACUACAGUAUGUCUUUCUCUCUGCUUUGUUUGGCUGAUUAUGAGUGGAUUAAGCAGUUAUGUCUCAACCUUCCAAAGUAGUUUUGAUUUCUGUCUAUAUGUUUUUAUUCUUUUGGUUGUUUGUUUUAUCUACCGUUACUUUCCUUUCUGGUUUUAGCUCUUUUCACAGCUUAUGUCACAUAGCGUUAGAUUUCUGUCCGGAUUCCGGAUGGGGGGGAAGAAGCACAUUUGUAAAACUCUGCAUGCAAGGUCAGACAACCUUAACACAAUUGGAAAGCGGUGACGCAAUAGUCCGCAGGAAACACUGGGAGGGUUUGUUGUCCUCAUUGCCGUUCCAGCACUUGACACUUAAAAUUGACUGCAUUUGUGUAGCAAAAUGUGUGUAAAAAAAAAACAAAAAACAAAAAAACACCACAGUAAGCUGUGAGAAUGGCUGCUAUUUGGUUUCACUGUAGCUUUCUGGUCUAUCUGCACUUUAAAGGCAAACUUCUCUAACCCCCGGCACCCUAUGCUCUCUAAAAGCAGGCUGUCUCCGAGCUGGCCUUCCGUCGCCCGUACGAAAACAACUCAACUGUCGUCUCUCUGUCUCUUUUCCCUCCAGGACGCACGGACCCCGUGCCGAUCAUUCUUAAAUAUGAUGUCAUGGGGAUGGGACGAAUGGAGAUGGAGAUGGACUAUGCAGAGGACGCCACAGAGAAAAGACGAGUCCUCGAAGUGGAGAAAGAGGAGACCGAAGAACUGCGGCAAAAAUACAAAGACCAGAUGGAAAAGGAGAAAGCUAUUGCUAAAGCUCUGGAAGACCUGAGGGCUAACUUCUACUGCGAGCUGUGUGACAAACAAUACACCAAACACCAGGAGUUUGACAACCACAUCAACUCCUACGACCACGCUCACAAGCAGAGGCUGAAGGAGCUGAAGCAGCGAGAGUUUGCACGGAAUGUGUCAUCACGUUCCCGGAAAGGUGGGAAGAAGCAGGAGAAGAUGCUGCGUCGUCUGCACGAGCUGGCUGAGCAGAGGAAGCAGCAGGACCGAACUCCAGGAAGUGGCCCCAUGUUCAAAACAACCACGGUGGUUGUGGAUGGAGAGAAAGCCGAAGACGGCGACACCGUCGCCCCCGAGAGCGCCGUUGCCUUGCCCGAGAUCCCCGUCGAGGUCUCUGUCCCGGAUAAACGUCACAAAGCCUCCCCGAAGCCGACCCGGACGUUCAGCUUCUCUCUGGGCAGGAACAAAUGCUCUUCCCCGACAGCUAGCGCUUCCUCCAAAGUCAGCGUCUCCUUCUCUUUUGCCAAAAAAGCUCCGGUGAAGCUGGAGACCGCUGCGGCAGUGUUCACUGAUCAUGGCGAGGAGGCUAUUGAGGGAGAGGAGGAGGUCCAGGAGGGAGAAAAGGCUGCGACACAAAAUGAAGCAUCCGUCUGCGACGGCGACAGUCCCAAAGGUGGAUCGCGUGGAAGCGAAGUCGCAGAGCCAACUUGUGCGAUGGUGACAGAAGAAGAAGCAGCGCCGCAGCUGCCGCCACAGAACGAUGGAAGCUCCUUGGCGUCCACUCUGAACAAGCUGAAAAUGAUGAUGAAGAAGGAGGAGGGACACACGGGGCAGGAGCCUCAGUACUACCACUACAUGCCUCCAGCACACUGUCGAGUGAAGCCCCAUUUCCAGUUCCUGCUCUUCAUGAAGGCAUCAGACCAGGGUCAGAGUAAAGAGGACGGUGAGGAGGAUGACUUGCAGGAGGAGAAGAUUGAGGAUGACUCUCAGCAGACUGAGUCCAAUGUUCUAGAGUGUAACGAUGAGGAAGAUGAUGGAACCCCCACAGCAACCCCUGAUCCUCCUCAGCAGACUCCUCCGUCCCCCAAAGUGAAGGAUGAGGACAUGGCUUCAUGUGCAGCAGAGACAACUCCUGAUGUUCCAGCUUCUCCUCCAGAGAAAGCCGAAACCCCACAGGAGCCGACGGACUCCAACUCGGGACCGAAAAUCCCGACCGGUCCUUUCUUCCCCGUGUUGAGCAAAGACGAGACCACCACCCUGCAGUGGCCCUCCGAGCUUCUGGAGUUCACCAAAGCACAACCAUCGCUGUCUUACAGCUGCAACCCGCUCUACUUUGACUUCAAGUUGUCUCGCCACAAAGGCCCGCGUGCCGGAAAAGCGCCAAAGCCUCUAAAGACGUGCGAGCAGCCUGACAAGGAACCGGAGAAGGACGCCACGGCGGCAAAAGUGGAGCCGGUCGCUAAAUCCGAGGUCGGUGGCGACAACGAUGAGGUUGCGGCGAAAGCCGAGGGCGGCCCAUCGGAAGGCGACGAUCAAAAGGCGGCGGCGGCGGCGACGAGCAGCAGCGCCAAGAAGAAAAAGAAAAAGAAGAAGCACAAGAAAUCAGCAAAGCAUUUGAAGCGCAAAGCGAAGGACAAAUUGGCGGCAGAAGAUGGCGAGGGCGAUGGCGAGGGCGAGGCCACGCAAGACAUGCCCAAGAAGAAGAAAAAGCACAAAAAGAAGAAGAGCAAAAACAAGGCGGCUGAUCAAGAAGAGCCAGCAGAUGAUGAGAAGGAGAAAACCAAAAAGUCUGAAGAUACGUCAGAUGCCUCCUCUGUGCAGCCUCCGUCUGGAGUUCCGUGUGAAGCGGGCAAGAGGAAGCGCGGCGUUAAGGAUCAGCCCAGCAAGUCGGAAGCGGAGGAAGGCGGGAAGGGAAAAUGCCAAGACAAAGUCACUUCCUCCGAGGAACACGGCGGCAGCAAGCGGCUAAAAACCGAUUCGGCCGCAUCCCAAAGCACUUCCUGUUCCACCUCCGCUCAAAAGAGCCCCGGACCGGCAAGACCUCCCAGCAGCGAGAGCGAGGAGGAAGGGGGCUCCGCCACCCAACGCUCACGUCAUCAUAGGUCGAGUCCUCGUGAGGAGCGGCGCCACCAUAGCGAGGAAUCGCGGCGCUCCUGCAGCCGCUCGUCGCGACGCGGCAGCAGCCGUCGCCGCCACCAUCGCGGUAAAACUUCCCAGAGUCGCUCUUACUCCAGCAGCUCCGAGCGCUCCUCGGGAGGCAGCAGCGCCUACAGCCACAGAAGUCGAAGCUACUCUGACAGCUACAGCGACUACAGCAACGAGGGGCGCAGGCGGAGGCGCUCCAAGCGCUCCUCCGACUCCGAAUACGAGAGGCGGGACAGCCGAGGGCACAGGCGGUCGAGGCGGCGUCAGUAUUCGUCGUCGUCCUCCGACGAUUCCCGCUCACGGUCGCGCAGCUACAGCCGCAGGAAGAGGCACCGGCGGCACCGCCGCAGCACCUCCCGCAGCUCCAGCAGCUGGAGCCGCAGCACCAGCGCCAGGUCGUGGCGCCGCAGCUACAGCCGCAGCCGCAGCUCGGCCAGCCGCUCGUCCAGCUCCACCAAGGCCUCCCCACACCGGCGCGGCAACCGAAGCCGAGGGGGCAGCGAGACCAACCGCAGGGACUUUAACCGCUCCCGCAUCUACCGAUCUCAGUCGCCGCGCUCCAACUCGCGGGGCCUUAACCGCAGCGUCGGCGGCUCGCUGGCGCAGAGGCUGGGCGGGUCCCGCGACGCGGGGGAGCACAAGAACUCCCUGACGGCGCGACAGCUCCUGGAGAAGAUUCAGGCAAAAAAGAAUUCAGACGAUCCUGUCACAGGAACCAAAUCCGGAUUAAAGAUCAAGGAUCCUCCGCAGGGGUACUUUGGUCCCAAACUUCCUCCAGCGAUCGGAAACAAAAGCAUACUGCCGCUUUUCGGAAAACUUCAAGCAGGGAAGAAAACGCCAAUCAUCCCCCUGACCAGACCCGAAGAGGGCGACAAGUCGGGACCAGGGAAGAGCUCCGAUGCCGAUGGAGAAGUUAUCCUGGUUGAGCCCAUUAGGGAGUUCCCUCCCCCGCCGCCCCCUCCGGCUCCGCCGGUGCAGAAAGUGGAGGAGACCCCUCAGACCGCAGCGGUCCAAGAGGAGAUCACAACAGAAGGUCAGGUGGUCCAAGAACCCCACCUGCUGUUUGAUCAGGAGUCUUCCAUGAUGGUGCCUCAGUAUCAAGUGGACUCGGCGCAGGACCCCUCACAGGACCCUAUGAUGGAGUCCCUACUGCCCGACCAGCAGCCGCCCAUGCACGGCUACCCCGUCUACGCACCGCAGAGCCUGGAGGAAGAAGGCAUGGAGGCGGAGGAGGACGGCCUGGCUCCUCUGGAGAGUCAGCCCAUCACCUUCACGCCGGAGGAGAUGGAGAAGUACAGCAAGCUGCAGCAGGCGGCGCAGCAGCACAUCCAGCAGCAGCUUCUGGCCAAGCAGGUGAAGACCUUCCCCUCCGCCGCGGUCGCCGCCGUGGCCGCCGCCGCCAACCUGACCCCGGCCCCGCCGCCGCCCGCCCUGCAGCAGAUCCACAUCCAGCAGCCCGCCGUGUCCGUGGCGUCCGGGACGUCCAUCGCCACGGUGCAGCACGCCCUCCUGCAGCACCACGCCGCCACCGCCGCCGCCAUGGGCAUCCACCCCGCGCACCACCCGCACCCCGCCCACGCGCAGCUCGCCCAGGUGCACCACAUCCCCCAGCACCACCUCACCCCCAUCUCCUUGUCUCCCUUAGGCCACACCCUCGGACACUCGCUCGGACACUCUUUGGGACACGCCGGGCUCAUCCCCGCCCACCCGACCGCCUUCCUAUCCGGUCAGCCCAUUCACAUCAUCCCAGCCUCGGCGCUCCACCACACCCCCCUUGCCCUGCAUCACGUACCCCACGCCGCCCUCUACCCCACGCUCUUCACGCCCAGGCCCUCGCAGGCUGCGGCUGCGGCGGCGGCGCUUCAGCUCCACCCCCUCCUCCACCCAAUCUUCUCAGGGCAGGACCUCCAGCACCCACCUAACCACGGCUCCUGAAUGCAUCGGGGAACCGUCUGACGGGUGUUUUAGUCAACACGUAUCCUCUCCAGACACCGCACACUUUGGGUGUUUUUUUUUUUCACGGGGUACGCAAACAGGAUCCAUUUUGUUUCCUUUUGACCACUGGACUUUUGGUUUUUCACACGAUGACAAACAAAAUGGCCGAAGCCAUAAAGAAAAUGAUUACAGAAGGAUAAAAAAAAAACAGGAGCUGCACCUCCUCUGGUUAUACAGUACAUAAUAGGGACAGAGUAUUUCCUAUAUUAUUCUAAUAUGACUACUUGCUCUAUAUCACGUCAUUUAUUUCUAAUGCAGUAACUUGUACAAAUAUCCAUGUGAACACUUCAGCGUCCGGGUCGUUAAGGCAUUCAUUCACUUUUUUUUUUUUAAUUCUAAUUAGCUAAAAGAGGCGAGGAUUUUUUUUUUUAUUUGCUCACGUUCCCACGGGGGGGGGCAACUGAAUGAAUUGCACUGAAUCCUUCAAAGAUGAUGCGUUGUUUUGCAUCGUUUAAGAUUGUAGUAUAAUUGUUAUAAUUGUUUUUUUCUGUUUUUAAAUUAUUUUCCAAGAAGGUGGGUGGGGUUUUUUUUGUUUUGUUUUUGUGUAAUUUUUUUGUAAAUAAUAAAAAAUGCUGUAGAUUAACCUUAA